AUGGAAGCCCAAAAAGCAAGAGGUGAGGGAAGAUUGUCAAAUAAAGGAGUCAAAACACGCGUUUCUUCCAGAAAGCGUUUCUUCGCAAGAGCUGAGGGAACAUGUUAAAAACAGCUUGGGGAUCACUGAAGUGCCCAAGGUUAAUUGAAAAAAAAAUUUUAAGAACGAUUAUUUCUUCAGAGAAGGUUGCCAUCUCGACCGGAUGAUCAAAAUUCGGCUGGAGACUUUUAUCAAAUGUCCUCUCUGACUGUCCAACAGCCACAGGUUACUGUAACUGAUAUUUCAUCUUUUUUUCAAUCAGUAAAUGUCAAAGAUUCAAAUGAUUUCAUGUUUUUUAUUCAUUUUUUUAGUAGUUCUCUAGAAGUUCAAGUAUAUUAUUUACAAGUCCCCUAAGUUGGUUAACUGAUAACUUGAAUAGAGAGUGAUAAUUGAAAAAAAAUUCCGAAAAAAAAUUACUAGACAAUCAAAAUCUUUAAAAUCUGAGAAACUAGAAAAAUUAUUUUAUUUUGACACUCUUGGGGGCGCCCUGAUUUGAACUAAAAUGGGUCUUUUUUACAUAUUUUGUCUUUUUAUCUGAAUUUUUAACGCCCUUACAGUACGAAAAAAGGUGUUUUUGGAGUUUUUUAUGCACCAAAUCUCGACUAAAAAGAGUGAGGCUUUAAAAAUACCUUUUUUGGGAAUAGGAUCCUUUAAACUGCGACUCACCUUGUUUUUCGCGAAUUCUCAAAAUUUUUUUUUUUUUAAUUAUUUUAUUCACUCAUCUCUUUAUUAAACAAGAACAUUUUUCUAGACUAACGAAACGUUCGAACCAUCGAAAGAUGUCGUACGUGUUGCGAUAACCGCAGUCCCUCUUUUUGAGGUUUUUGCCGUAUUAAUUUGAUUUGUAUAUUUGAAAUUUCAGAUGGCUCCUCCUGUUUCUGAAGCUCCAAACUCAUCAGAAAGCGACAGAGCUCAUCAGGAAGAUUUUCAGCAAAAGCAGAAGUGAAUUCAUUUUUUGACGCUCUGAGUAAUUGCUUUAAAAGUUCAUAAAUUAUAUUUUAAUUUACUGAAUUUCCAAUUUUUGCGUCGAAAAGAAAGUUUCUCAUUGAUUUUUUCAGCGCUUCAUGUGGUGAUGAACCGAUACCGACGGAAGUGAUGUUGAAGGCUGACGAUGAGAAAUGGAAGACUCCAGAAAAGGUAGUAUACCCAGAAAUAUUUUUUUUUAUUCUACUUUUCCGAAGAAGGACACGACCCCAUCACCAAAUUCGCGCGGCGGCAGUUUGCCUUCCAUCGGAGGUUUUGGAAUGACCAAAUACUCGGUUAGUUUAGAAGAAAACUUAUAGAAAUAAAUUAAAAUUGUUUUUGGAGAUACCAAUCUUGAUUUUGAAUAUAAAUUUUCUCCUUUCGAUUUCUAUAAAUAAUCUCUUUUCCCCAUCUUUUAAACAUCUAAUUUCUUUUUUUCUGCGAAUCAACGUCUGGAACCCAAGGCUACUAUAGCCAAUUCACUUCUGGCUUGAACCAUCGAAAAAAGGGUCCUGACACGAUAAAAAUAGAUACAGUACUUGGUUGUCAGAGAGCGCAGACAGUCCAAGUCCUUUAGCGUCUUACGCUAGCCGUGAAUCGGCUAUAAAAAGCUUAAAAAGACGCUAAAUUGAUCAGAAAAUGGCGAAGAAGUUCCUCAAGAGACUUUAUUUCUCCUUUUAAAGAAAACUUGAGGUCCUUUUACGUAGCCUUUUUUGGAUCCACGGUUUUUAGAAAAAAAAAAAGUCGUAUAAUCUGCCUAUGAUGAAGUUUAGCCGAACACUGUCAGUGACACAAGGGGAAUUUCGAAAGGCGGCGAGUUUGGGACCUCUUCCGUCAACUUGGGCUCUACCCUCCAGCCGUCUUCACGAUUCCAUCGUAAAACCGGCGGAUUCAUAACCCGAAACGUCGAAUAUUCUUGAUUCUCCUUCUCUUUUUUUUUUCAAUUUUUGUUGUUUUCACCUGUUGCUCUCCCCCGGUUUUAUAUCUAACAUUGUUGAAUUGGUUUUCUCGCAAUUUUUUUGUUGUUUUUUGUGUUCUCCUUGAUAUUCUAAAACGAAAAAUAAAGUUUAUGAGCGUUAAAGUUGGUUUUCUGGGUUUUCUUAAAGUUUUCGUCUUCAUUUGAUUUAUUUGUGAUAAGUGCGCUCGACCGAAUGAGCACUCGGACAUUGGUAACGCGGAUUGGACCUUCCGGAGUAUAUCUAGGGAUCCCUUAAGAGUGCUUUUUACAGCCCUUGCGGCGCCAAUGGACGUCGAUCCGAAGCAGAAGCCGCUCAGUAAUAAAUAUGUGUGAGUUUUUUGGACAUUGAAGCGAAUCCUCGAAGGUUACUGUAGUCAAGAAAAGAAGAUUAACAAAUCUUGACACCAUAAAAAAAGAUUUUUUUAAAGUGUAAAUCAUAAAUCGAUGAUUUCAGUCUUUAUUUCCCAUCUGGAAGAUAAUAAAUAAUAAGUUUUUAAAUAAAAAUAUUUUUUUAUUGAAAAAGUCAGCCGUUUAAGGAUAUCCGGAUGUUUCGACUACAUGGCAUGCGAUGUCCAGAAGUUCGACUCGGCCAAAGUUUUGGACGAUUGGAUGGUUUUUCAAAACAUUUCAAAGCUUCACCCAUGGAAUUCCUACAGAACUUUCGGAACGUAAUCGACAGUACUCUAUUGAAAACUUGGGAGUUUUCCAUUCCAAUGGACGUCGAUAUCAGCAAGGCGAAAUAUGUUCAAUACGAGGUUUUCCAUUGAUAAAAUUGUUGAAAAGUCUGAAAAGAAUACAUAUUUGGAUUUUUACAUUCAUUUUUCGGGAAAAAAACCUUGCUAUCUCAAAAAGUCGUGAUUUACGGGUUAAAAGUGUGGGUUAGUAUCAAAAAAAGACUUAAGGGUUCAGAAUCAUUUUCAAAUUUUCAUUUUUAGGAUGUUUCAUUCCCAUAUUUUUUUCAACAAAAAAAUUGCAAAUUUUUGCCUUUAUAUUUCAUCUUUUUCAAGUAUUUGAACCGUGUGAUAAUUAUUCCGGAUUUUUGCUCCUUUUUUUGUAAUAAUUAUUUUUCCGUUCCUCGAGCCAGUCUAAAAAAAAGGUUCCGAAACUAUAGAAAGUUAUAAAAUUGUGGAAUUUCAGAUUUCGAUUUCUGAAAAGAAUCCAAAUGAAAAUUUCAUAUUUCUUUUUUUAAAUGAAUGAAAUCUUCUUCUUCCUACGCCUUUGUACCGCUUGAGCGGCGUCGGCGCCCCAAGUCGAUUAGCCCAGGUCCUAUCCUGAUAUCAGUGGACUGGCUCGAGUGACAUAUCCGUCCUUGUGUGUGACGGCUGGGGAUUUUGAAGUCGUGGUUUCCCACUACCAACAUUUCUUAAACCCCUUGGUUGGGUCGGGUCGGGGAUCGAACUUGUGACCCUGUGGACCGUAGACAGGCACACAACCUGUUGCGCUACGGCGCGCCCCUUUUAAAUGAAUGAAAUAAGAAAUCUUUAUAAUAAGAAAAAAAAAUUUUUUUUUAAGGAUCGCUGCUGUCAGCAUACGAGUCUCGUCGUUGAAUGGCUUCUUGACAAUGAGCAUUUUGAUAGACGGAGAGUUCGUUUUUCUAACUUUUUUAUGCACUUACAGAAUUUUUUAUGCUUUUUCGUAUAUGCAAGUCUCAAAAAAUUUGAAAAAUUGGAAAAUAUGAUUUUUUGUUUUUCAGAACGCGGACGAUAUCGACUUCGUCGUGAACUCCAGCGUUUUGGAGACAAUAAUGAACACUUUGUAUAAACCGAGCUUGUUGGUUGUUUCUUAUUGCUGUAAAGAUUCAUUAAGCGGAAAAAUUAAAGAAAAAAGCCGAGAAUGAUGUUUUAAUGGUUCUAUUGUAAAAAUUGAAGCGAAAGUCGGUUUUUUUGAAAAAAAUCGCGGCCUAUUUUUAUAUUUUUUUCAGUUGAUUAUGUCAUUGAAAUCUUUUUAACAUCAAUUAUUCUUAAAAUCCAUAUUUUAUGAUUGAAAAAAAUGGAGAGGUUUUGAAAAAAAAAGUUCAAAACCAAUGAAACUCUUUCUCUAUUAUUGAAUGAAUAACUGAUACAUUUUCCAGUUUCUAAUUGACUUCUUUCCUGAUUUCUUUUUCUCAAAAUUGAAGGAAAUGGACCAUGAGAGCGCACUCGGAUGUCAAGUUGACAAAAGAUGGAUCGACGAUUUUCCUCAAUUUAGAGUCGCCGUAUCAGUUCAAAAAGUUUCCCUCACAUUUCUGAUAAAUUUUGAAAAUUGAAUUCGAUCAGACAACUGAAUAAUGCGAAAAAGAAGCGAAGCGCACAAGAAAGGCUGUAUUUCGCGAAGGAAUUGGCCAGGAAGAGGCAUAUUAGCAACGUUGGCAAGGAGGUCGGUUUCAAUUCUACUUAUGAACAUUAGAUUCUAAUCUUUCCAAGUUUGAAACUAUUUAUAGCUUUUCCAGUGUUACAUUUUUUUUUCUUUCGAAAAAGCUUUUGAAAAAAAUUCUCAGUAGCAUGAAGUUCGAACUGUUUGAAAACGAGCUUUCUAAAAAAGGGAAAAUCACGGCAUUCCUAAUGGGGUAAGGGAAGGUGAGCGAGGCGUCAAACUUUCUGAUUUAAAAAAAAAAGUAAGUGCGCGCUCCGGUCAAAUUGACGUCAUAAUAAAACUGAGUAUUAAACUUUAAUAACUUGUUUGUUCGAUCGCCUUUGGCUGCGUACUCGAGAUUUCAAAUUUAGCGCCAAUUUUUUUUUGACGUCUCCCCACCCGUGAAAAGUAACCCAUUCGCAGCUAACUUGGUACGCUGAGGGGGCGUGCCCUGUCUGCGCUCUCCACCAACCAGGCACUGUCUCUUCUUAUCGUGUCAGGACCCUUUUUCGAUGACUCAAGCCACCCAUGAAUCAGCUAUAUCAAGGCAAAGAUAGUUUUCAUUUCAUUUGUUCAGCACCUUAGAAAAAUUGUUCUAUUCAACCCGAUAAAGAUAAACUUGAGAAUAACAAACAAUGAAAGUAUUUCAAGACUCCUUAGGAAACUGUUUUCCGAGGAGCCUCUACGGCGACGUCGAAAAUUUUCCGACACACGAGGACGAUUAUCGAGGGAAGGGAUCACGAUCCAAUCACGUUGCUCGUCAAUGGAGAAGUCGAAGCUCACACUUCUGAUGGUAUCUUUUUCUUUCCCCCCCCUUUUCCCGAACAUGUAGAUACUCAAAACCUGUUUUAGACUUAUAAAAGCUCUUUUGAAUCUCUAGGGCUUUCAAUAACUACAAACAGCGUUACUGAACUUUUAGGUGCUCCAGUAAACUUCCACAUAAUGACCAGUGACUCAAGGCGAAUUUUGAGCAGCUCUAACACUGAAUUUUGGUCUGUGCGUAGGGAAAUCGGUAAUAUUUGAAAGUUUAGGGAGUCGGAAUGUCGCCGGCUGUGGAAUGCGGCCCAUUGGACUGGCGUCCGCGAGAUUCUUUUUGCUAUAAAUGAGAAGGCCGGCGAACCUAUUUCCAGGGUAUUUCUUCAUUAUUUCUCUGUACCUAAGCCCAUCUCUUGGUAAGAAAAGUAGAAGACAAUUUUUUACGUUGUUAACAAGGACUAGAAGCUCAAAAGGCUUUCAGAUCGAAAAGGUAAGUGCGGAGGAGCUGUGGGAGCACCGCAACCGUUGGCCGGGGGGCGACCGACGCGCGAAAUUGGCUCGCUCCUGCGUCACUCGCGUUCUUCUGGCGAUCCGCGAAAUGAUGCGAGCGCGACGGGGAAAUCGCGCCGAGUUCAACAUUAAGGUGGUCAGAAGUUCUGAAAAUAAGGAAAGGAAGUAAUUUUUAGGUCCUUAAUAGGCUCAGUGAUAGAAAUAUUCUACCUUUAAACUUCAGAGCGUUUUGCGAAAGAUUGGGUCGCUUUUCAUGUUUUUAUGGCGUUUUUUGGUCUUUGUUGUGUUUCUCAUGAGUAUUCAAAAAAGGCUUUUCAGAUUACGAUAUUUCACAAAUUUUAAGCCCAUCAGAUAACUUGUUAGUUUGAUUAUAAAAGAUUUUCUCUCUUAACAGAUUUGGUGAAGUUUUUUGAACUCACUUCUUCGGCAUUUUCGUCGCACACGUAGACGUAGUUUUACAGUUUUUUUUUUUCAAAUCGAUAGAUUUUGAAUCCAUUUUAAAAACCCGUUAAUGCGGAAAAAGUCUCUGAAAACUCAAAAUUAGGCGUGAAAGGUCACUCGGAGACCUCUGAGAAUCGACUGAAAGGAAAAAGAUGAGAAAAAAAAAAUUGAAGGUGGCCUACCAAGGCUCGAAGAACGGAGGUCACAUCAAGCUGAGCUACGACGACUCCAGGUACACCAGCUUCUGGUACGAGCACGAGAAAUGGCUCGCCAGGCGCCACCCUCUGCGGGAUCUUACGACGUCUCGUUAGUUCUCACUUUUUUCGAGGAAACCAUAAUAUUGAGGACAGUCUUUUCCAGAAGAAGAUCUUAUUUUUGGACAACCAGUGGAGAAGUUUCAAAAAACUGUUUCCACGUUCGAGUCAGCGAUUCAGAAGGAGGUAAUCACGGUUUUACAUGGCGUCCUUGAUUCCGAAAUCUGAUUGAGUCUGGCUUUUUCCCUGUCAAAAAUACUCUGUGACUGGAAGUCUAGACUUCAGUUUCUAUUUUAUUUCCUAAUUUGCGAUGUUUUGAAACGCCCAGGUCGAUGGCUCAACGCGUUGAGGAUCAAGAACAUUUUCUAAAGAAUCUUUUAAAUAAUUUUUGGUCGGAGUUACCAACCGCUACGCAGCCGUCGCGCGUUGAUCCAUUCCUCGCGCGACCACCGUGUUUCAGCGGAUCUAGUUCAAACUCUUUCAGGGCAACAAUGUGAAAGAAGAAGUCUUGGAGUUGCUGUCCAAAUGCCGGAAGCGUAGAAUCCAGGACGACGACGUCUCUGAAGACGUCGAUUUUGAAUCAUGUGGCAGAAAGGCGGCAGAGGAACUCGAUUCGGAGAUCAUAUCGAAUUGGGUUGAACCGCUCGAAAUAUCUGAAAACGAGCCAUGCCAGCCAGAAUGGUCUUCGAAUCCAGUACCAGUCCUGGACAAAGAAACUCGCAAUUCUUCUUCCGACGUUUCGCGGCGGCUUUCCACAGACUCUGCCUACUUCAGCGACUCUUCUCUCACACAAACGCCGGCUCAUAGCGAUUUUUCGGAUGUUUGGAUCGAAAAGAAGCCUGAUUCAGUGUUGGUUUUGUACUGAGAAAAUAGAAUUUCCUUGGGCCUGAGAAAGUCUGGUCGCCUGGGGAAUGGCUAACGCGGCUACUAUAAAUAAGCGGCCGCCACGCGUAGAGCCAUUCCACAUGCGGCCAGAAGUUAUUAAAUUGUUGCUCAUGCUUUCUUUGUUUUGAAAGCUUUUAAAAAAUUUUGAAUUUUUUCAGGAAUUUACCCUUUUCAUCUUCCGCUUCUUAUGCUGUAAACCCGAAAAAGGUACGGCUUUAAAAAAGAACAUAUAUUCAGCUUCAAUUUCUUUUUUCUCAUUUCCCAAAAUCUCGAUUCGAAAAAUGUAUUUCAGAACGAUUCCGUGUCCAAUUUCCAAAGAAAGAUCAAUCCGCCCGAGCCGGGCACCUUCUAA